AGAAAGCUAGCUCGCUGCUCAGGGGGUGAAUCGCUUGUGCUCAAAAGGGACGACCUAAGUAACAAUUUGACAGAUUUUGCCGAAAGCAAGACAUUUUACUCGUAAAGGUCGUGGUGAGUAUUUUGUUCCCAGAAUUUUUUUUCAUUUUUCCUUCCUUUUUCUUUUGUUUUUGGAUUUUUUUCAACGAUGCUUUUUCUAUUUUGCCUGUGGACAGAACGUAAUGUGCUGGCUAGCCAGGUAGCUAGCUUAGCUAACUUGGAGACGCUCAUCCCCCUCAAAAACACGAACGCUGGGUGUGGUUUUUAGAAACUCGACGCUUUGGAUGCAUCUUAGUUACAGUUUCAUCCCUUUUUGCAAGUUUGUAUAGCUUUGUUUUUGUAGCGUUUAUUGUGAAGACUUCUUUGACGGGACUAAUUUGUUUUUGGCACGCUUCUCAGCCAGCCCACCAGCUAAGUUAGCGCUAGCUAACAGCGUCAUAGGCUCUUUUGGUUUUAUAGUCGCGGCUUCAUCCUGAUCCAUUAUUGUUAACAGAUUAUCGACUACAAAUGUAUCGGAAUUUUGCAGGUUUUGGUUUUUGCAAGCGGAGGAUCUGGUCUGAUUGCAGUGUAUUUUUUUAUGCUUUCAAUUGGUGGUUGGCUAGCGUUAGCCAUGCUAGCCGGCUUUGAGCCGCCGAGGCUAGCGCAGGGCCUGUGUUUCACACUAAAGCCUGGUGGUGGCGCUGUCGGUGUUCCAGGCGGGUGUGUUGUGGAUGUUUUAGUAUAAAUCGCGAGGGGCGAAGGUGAAGGUCGAGACACCAGCCCAAACUGAUCCCAGCCCACAGUGUCAAACAUCAGACAGACGACAGCCCUGCACACAGACGCUAUGGACCGUUCACCCACCACCUCCAGCCUAAUGGCCAGCAGCAACGUCACCAACAGGACCGACCCUCGCUCCCUCAACUCUCGGGUCUUCAUCGGCAACCUCAACACCCUGCUGGUCACCAAAGCGGAUGUCGAGGCCAUCUUCUCCAAAUACGGCAAGAUUGUAGGCUGCUCUGUCCACAAGGGCUACGCCUUCGUUCAGUACGCCAAUGAGAGGAACGCCCGGGCUGCCGUCGGCGGGGAGGACGGGAGGAUGAUUGUCGGACAAGUACUUGACAUCAACCUGGCUGGAGAACCCAAACCUCACAGGUCAAAAACCACCAAGCGCUCAGCUGGAGACAUGUACAGCAGUUCCUCAUUUGACCUCGACUACGACUUUCAGAGAGAUUAUUACGACAGAAUGUACUCGUACCCGUCCCGUGUUCCCGCUCCACCUCCCCCCUUGUCGCGGGCCGUGAUCCCGUCCAAGCGUCCGCGGGUCAGCCUGAGCGGAGGAAGCAGCCGGCGAACCAAGAGUAGCUUCUCCUCUUCCUCCAAGAGCAGCCAGAGGACUUCCUCGUCCAGAACAAUGAAAGUGGACGAGCUGCAGACCAUCAAGCGGGAGUUGACCCAAAUCAAAAGCAAAGUGGACGACCUGCUGGAGAGCCUGGAGCGUAUGGAGAAGGACCACAGCAAGAAGUCAGAAGCUAAGAGCAUAAAAACGGAGCCAGGAGAGGUGACAUCUCCUCCCCACCCAAGCAACAAGAAGGACGAGGGCAUGAAGAGAGACCGGGAGAGCCAGGAGAUGAACGACUCGGACGAGGACGACGAUGACGAAGAGGAGGAAGGAGACCUGCUGGAGGAGGAAGAGGUGAAGAGUCAAGAGAGGGAGGACGAGGAGGAAGAGGAGGACGAGGAGGAGGAAGGAGAGCACGUGGAAGGCGACGAUGACGGCGACAGCGUCAACGGCGAAGAGGACUCGUAGACGCGGACCACGCCGGCGCAUGCAGCGUACACACAGCCUCCAGUAGGAACUCGGACUCUGAUUUAACACUCACAUUGUAGAUUCAAGAAGCAAACACAAACACACACACACACGAGCAUGGUGCACACACUCUGUCGGUCCAUCGUCCCUAAAGCCGUUUUUCAGUUUAUUUUGGCCAGUUGUCCAGUAUCGCUGUAACAGGAAUAACUAGCUGUAGGUUUUGGUUUGUGUUUUUACUGCGUCAUACUCGUCUUCAGGAGAAGGCAGAAACAUGGACUGUUAAUGUUCUCAGAGACGACAGCUCGACGGACAUGUCUUAACGCGAGGACGGAAAUUCAGCUACGAGAGACUGUUUUUAGGUUCAAUGUGUUUGUUUUCCUCAUCGGUGAGUUUGUUUGACCUUGUGUGUCUGUAUGUUAAUGUCAGUUUUUUAUACUAUUUAGUUUCAGUUUAACUGUAAAGGAAUAAAUUGCAAUAAAAUAUUAAAA